GUACAUACAUACAUAUUUAGUAGCCUUUAUCACCUGCCACAGGAGUAUUCUGUCUCUGGAAGGAGUUCGAGGACUGUCCACAUUGCCUACCCAGAUCCAGCUGACUCAGCAUCAGCAAUGACAGGCCCAGUGGACCUACUACACCGGUUCAGUCCUCGACCACACCUCCUCGUUAUGACUGGGACAUGCUGUGCCAACACUCAGGAAGGCGUCCAGCUGGGCGAUGUGUGUGUGGUGAGGCCGAGGACGGAAGAGGGACUCCUGAUGGCAGAGAUUGAGCACAUGUUGGAGGUGUGGAGACUAGAGGCUGGAGGAUCGCUAGUGCCGGAGGAUUUGAGACCCGUUCCACGGAGUGUGUACCAGCAGAUGGUGUGCCUCGCAAGGAUUUCCACUGAGCUGCAGGUAUGCAAAGAAUCUUCUGCUGCAGUGUAUGAGUAUGAUGUGUGAAUGUAAAAUGCUAUGGCAGUCUCACAUUAUUGUAUGUUGGGCCUGUGCAGCAAGCAUUUUCCAGGCAUUCUCACUAUGAUAGGCCAAGCUGCAAACCUCUUACUGUUGGAUGCACCUUACAUGAAUUGUGACCGCCAAUGUCACGAUGUUGUGCUGUCUGCUGGCCUACUAAACUUGCUUCUGUCUCACUGUGUGAUUGUGUAUAUAGCUGUCGGAGGAAGAGAGGAGUCCAUGGUUCAAGGGACUAGCAUGGACCCCACGAAACCUCCGAGUGCCAACGCAGGCGUCAGACGAUGUGUACCACACCCCGACAACUUUCUUCAGUCAAAUGCAGCUGCCAGAUUGUGGAGUUCCUCUGAAGCCAGUCCUUUGCUCCAUGCCCCGUGUCUUCAGCUGAGCCAGGAGGCCAAAUCCAGCAUCUUGUUUGCCUCCCAGAGCCACUCUUUCGUGUCCGACCCACCGGAGCCAAGAGUGGUGUUUGCUCGCGCCAGUCGGUUCAAGCAGAGCGAGACGGCUGUAUGCAGCCCGCGAGUCGCCGACCUCUACAAGGCUGCUGUCAUAGCCAACAACAAGUUGGAGAGCAAGCAGAGCUCGAGACAGACGUGUGGACUUCCCUACGUAGCUGCUUUAGGGGUGUCGUCUGUUGACGGACAAGAUUGUGAAGAGGAGGAAUACGAACGUUUCGCAAACAUUUUCUCAAUCCAUAUCAUGUGGAAAAUUGUCAAUCACCUCUUUGUAAAAACACGCAUGUGAAUAUUUGGGAAACAACACACACUUUGUAUAUACAUACCUACUAAAUCGUAUAUUUGUUCUCUAGAGUGACUUGUAUUUUUCCACCUUUUUUAGUUUCCGCAGAGGCUUGUAUAUGACGACAGUGAACAGGGUGGCGCUGUUCAUAACGGCCAGUAUCAGGAAUAGAAAUGCCAGCAGGGGAACCUGCCAUCUGUCACAGUCUAUGUUGGAAGACCGAUAGAGCUUGUAGAGUGUGUACGCAUUAUA